AUGCCGAUCUCAGGUGUAAAAAUAUACGUUGGUAAUUUACCAGAACGAGCAAGACCGGAGGAUAUAAGGGAGUGCUUUACAAAGUAUGGCAAUGUGGUUAACAUGGAACUCAAGGGCAACUAUGGAUUCAUUUCACCCAUAACAUGUACAACGGCAAGCUCUAACGACCACAAAAUAAGCAUCGCUGCUUCACAUGCUAUACGUAAAGUGACUGUGAACUUUUCUACAUGCUCAAAAGCCAUCUCGUUAUCUGAUCCUAACUCAACACAUUUCUACUUGACACUGCUAUCAACUGUUUGCGAUGACGCUAUAAGUCAAUUACAUGGAAGUGAUUUCCAAGGUCAACAGCUGCGUGUGGAGUAUGCUCAUGCCGAAAGAAAUGAUGAAUAUAAAAGUAGGGGGGAUACAAAGUCAAAUGAUACAUGUUUUAAAUGUGGUCAAGCCGGACAUUGGGCUAGAGAUUGUACUAGUUCUCGAGAACCCAAUCCACGAAAACCCCAUCCUCGUCACGAUGAUCGUCGCCCCGUCGACAGUUAUCCACCCCGUGAUUCGUACCCAGCUCGUGACACUUACCCGCCACGGGAUGAUAGAUAUGCUCCUCCUCCAUUAGACAGGCCAUACGAGCGCUCUGCGUACGAUCGCUAUCCUCGCGAACCGCGCGAACCGCGCGAAACACGGGAUGCGAGAGAUCAAAGAGACUCUAGAGAUCAAAGAGAUGAUGGUUCAGAUUACAGGAGAGAUUAUAGAACACCGUAUGACCGAGGAUACGAUAGAGAGAGAGGAUACGAGAGAGGCUAUCCAGAUAGAGAGUAUGAUCGAUAUGCAAGAGAAGGAUAUGACAGAGGAUAUUAUCCCGUUAGAGAUACAUAUGAUAGAGAUGGUUAUGAUAGAAGGCCUUUACCGCCACCUGACGCACCACCUUACUCGCGCAGGAAUCCAUCGCCUGGACCCAGGAGAGGUAGUUAUGAACGUGGGCCGAGGCCAUCUAGAAGAGAAAAUCGUUUUGCGAGGGAACCACCUGUCCCUCCAACAUAUCGGAGUAAUCGAUCUUCGCCUCCUUCUCGAUAUCCUGAACCCCCGAUGGGUCCUCCUCCGCCUAGACCACCAUCUCCAAGAGGCGGCAUGUACGGGAGACGAAGAUCAUUAAGUCCGAUAAGAAGCAACAGAGUUAACAUGGGAUAUACAGGACGUCCUCCAAGGUCACCUAGUCCAAUGAGAAUGCCGCCUAGACGAGGUCCACGUACGCCAACUCCAACUAGACGUUGA